AUGAGGAAAUGGUAUCGUGUUCGUGACAACGUGUGUACACAUCUAAAAGUGGUACAUAUGGCAAUCACAUCUAAGUUACAGCCGUGUGAGUUCGAUGUUUUCGAUCGAGAAGUUCGUCAAGGUGUAAGUGAUCUUAUUCACGACGUAUUUUUGCGGCAGAACACGAAAUUAUCUAUGAUUAGGAAGGAACAAAAAGUGCUUGAUAAAGGUUUUAAAUAUGCUCCUCCCCACCCUCCAUCAGAAAAACAACUGGAUGUUAUGAAAGUUGAUAUUGAAUAUGCCUUAACGAAAGACACCACUGCAAAAUAUAUAGUUGCCAAUGCACUAAAGAACGAAACCAAAUUCGUGUGUAACAUCCCACAGUCUAUUGACUUUCACACCAUGAAGUCCUUAAAACUGAAAUUACAACACCAAGGUAUCGUUGCCACAAAAUCUGAUAAAGGCAACAGUAUUGUGCUUUUGAACAAAUGUGAUUAUGUGGAUAAAGUUAAUGAUUUUCUGAAUACCACAGGCUUCCAAAUCCUUCCUAAAGACCCUACUAAAUUGUUCAAAGAGGAUGUUAAAUAUGCAAUCAUUUCAUGCAAAAGCAUAUUCUCCGAAUUUGAAGUAAAACUGUUAACUAAUAUGAACCCAGUGCCUCCUAGAAUGUACGGGCUUCCUAAACUGCAUAAACAAGAUGUUCCUAUUCGUCCAGUUGUAUCAUCAUUCACUGCUCCAUCUUACAAACUAGCCAGUAAACUUGAUGUCCUAAUUAAGAGCAAGACUAAAUUCAAACCAAAGCAUGGUAUUUCAAACUCUGUGGACCUAGUAAUCACGUUAAAAGGUAUAUCUGUCUCACACAGUGAUAAAUUAGUAUCCUUUGAUGUCAGCAGUUUGUUUUCUAACAUACCAGUAAUAGAAUGUAUUGACAUUCUGACAGAGCUGAUGCAAAAGUCUAAUGUCAAUCCUGAGGAAUUGAAUGACUUGAGACUGGCCACACAGACCUGCCUUGCACAGAACUAUUUCCAGUUCCAAGGCACUCUUUAUAAACAAUUAGAUGGCUAA